AGGACGAACGGCGCGGCAUUUUCCGUGUGGCAAGAAUUUAGUGAGAUUGUGUGCGAAAAAUUAAAAAAAUAUAUUCUUUCAAAGAAUUGCGUCAUCCACAUGGUUUGAACUCGGAUUGAAUACUCGGGAAUAAUUUAUAAAAUAUAAAAAUACCGAUACAAUAAUGUUGACCGCGACGCGUGUGGUGAGCCGAAAGGCGUUAGAGUGCUCCGGGACCGAAUUCUACACACACAGAAAUUUCUCCACAUUCCUCAGAAGUACCGCAGCCCCCACAGUUCCAAUCUACCAACGUCAUGUGCAACACAGGCACAAAUCUGAGGGUGUCAGGGGCGCGGUCAUCGGCAUUGACUUGGGCACAACCAACUCAUGUGUGGCCGUCAUGGAAGGAAAGACCCCGAAGGUGGUAGAAAACACAGAGGGUUCAAGAACAACACCCUCACAUGUGGCGUUCAGUAAGGAGGGUGAGAGGCUGGUGGGAAUGCCGGCUAAGAGGCAGGCCGUCACUAACAGCGGCAACACCUUCUAUGCAACCAAGAGACUGAUUGGAAGAAGAUUUGACGAUCCAGAAGUACAGAAAGAUAUGAAGAAUCUUUCAUAUAAAGUUGUCAAAGCAUCCAACGGCGACGCCUGGGUCCAAGGCAGCGAUGGCAAAGUGUACUCUCCUAGUCAGAUCGGUGCCUUUGUACUGAUGAAGAUGAGAGAGACAGCGGAGGCCUAUCUCAAUACUAACGUGAAGAACGCCGUAGUCACAGUACCAGCAUACUUCAACGAUUCCCAAAGACAAGCCACCAAAGACGCCGGUCAAAUCGCCGGUCUCAAUGUACUCCGUGUGAUCAACGAGCCGACUGCAGCAGCCCUCGCCUACGGGAUGGACAAGACCGACGACAAAAUUAUCGCUGUAUACGAUCUGGGCGGCGGCACCUUCGAUAUAUCCGUGCUGGAGAUACAGAAAGGCGUGUUUGAGGUCAAGUCCACCAACGGUGACACACUCCUCGGUGGUGAGGACUUUGACAAUGUCAUUGUCAAUUUCCUUGUGGACGAAUUCAAACGUGAUCAAGGUCUGGACAUCCGCAAAGACGCGAUGGCCAUGCAGAGACUGAAGGAGGCUGCUGAGAAAGCAAAGAUUGAACUCUCGGGCUCAUUGCAGACGGACAUCAACCUGCCGUACCUCACUAUGGAUUCAUCGGGACCGAAACACAUGAAUCUCAAGAUGACACGUUCCAAGCUGGAGUCGUUAGUGGAGGGCCUCAUCAAGAGGACGGUGAGUCCUUGCCAGAAGGCCCUUCAGGAUGCGGAGGUCGCACGAGCUGAUGUUGGGGAGGUGCUGCUUGUGGGGGGGAUGACCAGGAUGCCCAAGGUUCAGCAGACGGUGCAGGAGAUCUUCGGUAGGGCUCCGUCGCGAGCUGUCAACCCUGACGAGGCUGUGGCCGUGGGCGCUGCGGUCCAGGGCGGAGUGCUGGCUGGUGACGUCACUGACAUUCUACUCCUCGACGUGACACCCCUGUCCCUCGGCAUAGAGACGCUCGGAGGAGUGUUCACAAAGCUCAUCACAAGGAACACAACCAUCCCGACCAAGAAGAGUCAGGUGUUCUCGACAGCCGCCGACGGGCAGACCCAGGUGGAGAUCAAAGUUCAUCAGGGUGAACGUGAGAUGGCCUCGGACAACAAGCUGUUGGGGCAGUUCUCGUUGGUUGGUAUACCACCAGCGCCGAGGGGUGUUCCGCAGAUUGAGGUGACGUUCGACAUUGAUGCCAACGGUAUCGUGCAUGUAUCAGCCAGGGACAAGGGUACCGGCAAGGAGCAGCAGAUCGUCAUCCAAUCGUCCGGUGGUCUGUCGAAGGAUGAGAUCGAGAACAUGGUGAAGGCGGCUGAGCAGUUCGCAGCGGCGGAUAAGACCAGGCGAGAACGGGUGGAGGCUUGCAACCAGGCGGAGGGAGUGCUCCACGACACGGAGACCAAGAUGGACGAAUACAAGGCACAGCUACCGCAAGACGAGUGCGACAAGCUUCGCGAGGAAAUGGCUAAGCUGAGAGAUCUGCUCGCUCAGAAGGACUCCGUUGAACCUGAACCAGUUAGACAAGCGACGGCGUCGUUACAGCAAGCCAGUCUCAAGCUGUUCGAGCAAGCCUACAAGAAGAUGGCGGCCGAGCGCGAAGGACAGUCCCAGACCCAGUCCCAGGCGGAGACGGACGAAAAGAAAGAGGAAAAGAAGAAUUGAGAGGAGAAUUGGGAGAAGAUUCAACCGGCUCCAGCGGGAGUCACGUCUAGCUUUAGUAGAUGUUAAAAUUCCUAGUACACGUUUGUUGGAUACAACGGAGGGCACUCUUAGUGUUACUAAAAUACAAAUUUUUUUUUUUUUUGUUAUGUCGUUUCUAAGGAGCUGUGAAUGCGUUCGAUACGGCCGAGUGCAUUUAUGAGUUAGUAUAUGUCUCGUAAUGGAAUAUUUCUGUUGUUAUUAUAUACAUUAUGAAUAAUAAAUUAACUUUUGUU